AGCCUCCUCUCGGCUCGCGGCCCGAUUUGAUCAGGCUAUAGCCCCGCGCGUCUAGACCCUAGGCAUAAUGGCGCGUCUGGCAGCCCUCUGCGUCGCCGCGCUGGCGGGCGCGGCACUGUUUGCCGGGCCCGGCUUCGUCUCUGGCCCCGCCGCGCAGCAGCGGCGGGAGGCCAGCGUGUCCGCCAGCGUGCUGCGGAACAACCAGUUCGAGGACAUGACCGCGUACGACGCGCCCAGGCGCAAGCCGAACUUCAACGGCAUCCGCACGGGCCUCAGCGAUCUCCUGAAGCCUCUCAACAGCGAGUACGGCGUGACCGCCAAGGAGGACAGCCCCGCCACGUACGUGGUGCUAGUGUUCGCGAUUGUGAUGCUCUUCCUCUUCUACACCCUGCUCCUGCUGAUCAACAACCAGUCGGUCCUGCUCCCCCCCGAGGACGAGUUUGACGAGUACGUCGCGAACUUCCUGCCGUACUUCUUCUUCGGCGAGCGGUGAGCGUUGGGCGUCCAGACGCUGCCGUGCUUCGGCUCGCCUUGGGCGCAGUGGGCGCGGACUCCGGGCCGCCCGAGCGGGCCCUCCGUAGACUUGGGGGGCGCCAGCUCUGCAUUGGCAUCGGUCGUGGCACGGCCAGGACCCGCGUCGGUUCAUGCGGCUGCCUGCGGCAAGUCCCGCCGCCGUGCCCGCGCAGCAUCGAGGUGCAGGCGGGAUGGAUCUGCCAUGUUCUCCCGGCAGGCUUGGUGGAAGCCUCGUGGGGCAGUCGGGAAAGCAGCGCCACGGUACCGCACCGGGGACCUCGCCGUCAUUUUGUACGCGUAUUGCGUUGGUCUUAUUUUAACUCGUCCGUUCGGGGUAUCCGCGUGAGACGUUGAGCCUACGGGGCACGUGGCCUUGACCCACGUUCCUGUGGCAUGUCUCGGCUGUACAGGAGCCCUACCAUGCAGCCAGUGGCCAUUACAACACGUCACCUCGUGCCGAGGGCGUGGCGGUGGAUCGUUGGCGUCCCACGGUUGGGGCAAGCCUGUGGCGUGCCGCGCCAGACCGGAUGCGCGCGUGAGUUUUUCAACACCGGGUUCAGUUUUUUUUGAAGACUCCCUUGUGCCCACUAGCGACGGACAUCUCCAUGUCCAUGCCCUCGCGGUCCCGUGCAUACGUUC